UCUCGGGGCGCACGACCAGUUCACCAGUGACUCUUGUGCUUUCAGAGGCAAUUUUUUUUUUCCACCCUCAACGUGUGGAAUGGAGUGACGAAUGAUGGAGCAGUUGUGGGAAUAUUGAGCGAUGCCUCAUGGAAGGGACAAAGAGGACGAAAUAUCCAUCAGCAAAAAUUUCCAAAUGACCACGGAAUUGAGUUAAACAACUGAGGAAUUGAAAUGUGAAUUGAAAGGAUUUAGUGGAGAUUUUUUUUUUAAUUUUUCAUUUUGAAAAGAGAAAAAGAGGUGAAUCGGAGUAAGGGGGAGGUGUGGGGGAUGAAAUUGUGGUGGUUUUUAAUACAUUAUUUUUAAUGACUGAUGGAGUAGUCGAUUUGAUAGUAGAAACGCCGCCAUUGCUGGAGUGGAAAAGCGGAAAGAAGAAGGGAAGAAAAGCAACCCCCUUGCACCCCACCCACUCGGUAUUCCCCUUUGGGAAGGCUAACGGUUUGAAAUAGUGUACGUGUGUGUGCAACAAGUUAGGGAAGAGAACUGACGCCAACUUGGAUGAAAUCGAAUCCGCAAUGUGACAUGGAUGUCCUAGCUAUAUUCUGCAUACUUAUUGCAACUGUCCUCUAUUAUAAUACCUUCUACGCUGGUUUCGUCUACGAUGACAGACGAGCGAUUCUAACGAAUCCCGAUCUACUCCCAAAUUCCCCAUGGUUUCCACUGUUGGAGAAUGAUUUUUGGGGCACACCAUUACGUGACAGCGAGUCACACGGGAGUUAUCGGCCCCUCUGUGUUGCCACCUUUAGACUCAAUCAUCUUCUUGGUGGUCUCAAUCCUAGGGGAUAUCAUCUCGUCAACAUUGGCCUACAUGCAGGUUGCACUGGUCUCGUCGUCAGGGUCGCCAGGACCGUAAUACCAGGACGAUGGUUAUCGCACGCGAUCACGGGUCUGUUGUUCGCCGUUCAUCCAAUUCACAGUGAAGCUGUUGCUGGUAUAGUUGGACGUGCUGAUUUACUCGCCUGUUUCCUAACUCUCGCCUGUUUUCUCACUUACGUUGCACACUGCGAUCAAACUCGUUCACCACUGAUGCUCUUCAUAGCCCUAACGUCAUCACUGCUGGCUGCACUCGCCAAGGAAACUGGAAUAUCCUCACUAGCUCUGUGUUUACUUUGGGAAUAUAGUCAUGGAGAGUCAAAUACGCAAAAGGAACGCGAGAGAACGUGGCCACGCAACCGUAGCGUGGGAAUUCUGUGGAGUGGUCUCUUCCUAACGAUCCUGGGAAGAAUAAAAAUAGGUAACGCAACAACACCGGAGUUCGCCAGUGCGGACAAUCCAACAGCUCGUCAUCCCUCACGUCUCACCCGAACCCUGACGUUCCUUUAUCUACCAGCAGCAAGCCUCCGGAUGUUCCUGUGCCCAAGUACCCUGAGCUUUGACUGGUCAAUGGACACAAUACCAAGAAUAAUAUCACUGACGGAUCCCCGUAACCUCGAGUCAUUCUGCCUUUACGUUGUUCUGGUAACAGCUGGACUCUGGGCUGUGCAGCAAUCGAGAAUUGAAAUUUACGUGAGAAAUCGCACAAUGGAGAAGACGGGAUCCCUCGUCAGGGCUUCAUCCAAGUGCUCUGUGUGUGAUAAUCGGAAAAUUGGCGGCUGUCACACCGAGGGCUGCCGAGUUGCCAACAAUAAUAAUAAUAGUGACAGCAUUGACUGCUGCUGCUCACUGAAACCAAGUCCCACAUACUCAGAACCUACCACUAGAUUUGGCAGGACUAAGUCCGUUACUAUUGUCAUUAUAUCCUUGGGAUUUCUCGCGUUGCCAUUCAUACCUGCCAGUAAUCUGUUCUUCUAUGUUGGAUUUGUCAUCGCUGAGAGAAUUCUUUAUCUACCGAGUGUUGGGGCAUGUCUGUCCAUCGGGGCUAGUGUUGCUGAGACGUACAGGAUUGUCAAACAUGGAUCGAAAACUUGUGGCAGGCUCAUACUCGGGGUUACCAUGGUUCUCCUAUUCUUCAUGGCUGCCAAAACUCUCAGGAGGAAUAUGGAUUGGCAUGAUGAGGAGAGCCUCUAUCGAUCUGCUCUUCAUGUUAAUCCACCAAAGGCGUACGGGAAUCUCGGUGGUAUAUUGAGCAGCCAAGGGCGAUUCGCCGAAGCGGAAGAAGCAUUUAUCCAGGCCCUCCGUUAUCGACCUAAUAUGGCUGACGUACACUACAAUUUGGGAAUUCUGCAGCAGGCAAGGAGGAAUUAUGAUGAAGCUAUAUUGAGUUACCAACGAGCGAUUAAUUUUCGACCGUCUUUAAUUCAGGCUUACGUGAACCUCGGAGUGACCUUAAUAUCCGUUGGACGUAAAAUCGAAGCUGCCGACAUACUACGUACAGCAGCAUCAGUUAAUGGAGCUGGACUUAAAGACAAAAGAGUCCAUGAAGCAGCUAGAAUCCAGGCCCUUUUACGUUUGGGCUCAUUGUAUGCUGACGAUGGACAUCUUCACGAGGCACUGUCAUCAUACAGAGAGGCACUCCAGACAUUGCCGGAGUAUUACCCACCCCAGGCGGUAUAUAAUUUGUUAGGCGAGACAUUGUCAAAGAUGCAGCAGUAUGCCGAGGCUGAGAGAUGGUUUCGCGCUUGUCUCGUGAGAGAACCCAACUAUAUUCCAGCUCACAUUACUUAUGGAGAGUUACUCGCCCGUAAUUCAAGUCGUGUACUCGAGGCUGAACGAUGGUUCGUGAAAGCUACGAGGCUUGCCCCCGAUGACCCAAAUGUGCACUAUCGCUACGGAAUAUUUCUAUCAUCGCAAAAUCGUCUCGGGGAGGCAGCACGCGAGCAGCUGAAAGCAGCUGAGCUUGCCCGAUCAGAUUAUGAGCUGUCAGUGGCAGCGGCAUCCGCCCUUCGUCAUGCAGGUCGUCACGACGAAUCUGAGACUUGGUAUAAGCAUGCAGCAAGCUUGAAGCCCAACGAGGCAACGAGCCACACUAAUCUCGGUGCAAUUCUCCAUGUCAAUGGAAAAUAUCGUCAAGCAGCAGCUGCAUAUCGUAAAGCCCUACGUCUACAGCCAAAUGAUCCAACGACAAUGACAAAUCUCUACAAAUUAAUGGCGCUUAUAACGUGACCCUCGGCGGGGGAUCCCCUGUCCCCCUUCAUAAAACCUCAUAUUUCGGAAGGGAGGCAAUACGCUAUUGAUCCGAUUUAUUUGAUAUCACCAAAAUUUAAUCGCAACUUCUCUUCCUGGUAUUCAUUUGACAAAUUGUUCGCCUAUUCAAUAAUAAUCAUCGUGCGUAAAAUCAUGAAUCAAUGGCGUUCAACUCAUUCAUACUGCCUGCUAUGAUACAUGUAAAAGAAUAAAGCUUAGUUUAUUUUUCUCUAUGAUCAUGUGUACUUGUUUCAUGAAUUAUUCAUUGUCGUAAUGGGUGAUUUAUCAUUGGUGUGGUGUUCAAGAAUUUUUUUGUCAUUUUGUAUGAGUUGAUUGGGAGGGGAGAGAAGAGAGUUGUCGUGGUGACGCAAUUCUCGGGUUAUUAUUUUUUUAAUUAUGAAUUUUCAAUGCUUAAUUAUUGCAGCGGAAAGAAAACACUGUGCUUUCUGUUGUUGUUUGCAAUAACAAGUGUUUAUUCUUUCUUUUCUCACAUUUCUUCAUUUCUCGUUAUAAAACUGUCGUAAAUUGUGGUGAAUACUGAAACAUUGAAACUCUUUAUUCAUUGUUUUUUUGUUAAAAUAAUUAUUCUUUUGUCAUUUUUUGGUGGGUUUAGUCGGUGGUUUUGGGUUAUGAUUAAUGUUACUAUCAAAAUAGUCGGCUAAUAGACGAUAAAUUAUUAAAAAAAUAGUGGCUGUUAGACAAUC